AUCAAAGAUAUAAUGAUAUUUAACAUCUAGAAAUGGACGAUAAUUAACGUAGCUGAGCCAUCUUUUCAUUUUUCUUUUUCAAUAUAUCGUUGCAUUUGAUUAGUCUCGUCGACAAGCUGAAGCAUUUUCUUAGCAAUCUCGUCAUUUUCUAACGCUACUACUACUUAACAAAAAGCAGUAGAUUAUUAUUAGUGAGAGAGCAUAAAAACAAUGGAAUUUUCAACAUGGAGUUACUUUCAGUUACUUCGUCGAAAAAUCGCUUUCGCUCCCCCAUUAAUUUGGUCUGUUGUGUAUGUUUUUUUUUCAAUCUUUCUUUAAAACCGAAUAGAUCAACGAUGGCAGGGGGUAAAAUAAAAUCUAGAGAUUCCUCAGAAUGACCAAGGAUGAAAGGUUUUCCGAGAACUUUUCUCCUUGAUGUUCUGAAAUUCGGACUAUACAAGUUUCUGUCAAUCACGCCCAUCGAUAACUUUUUGAGAAGAUUGAUAGGAUGAAAAAUGACAUUAUUGCAUCUCCGCCUUUGCGGCGUAGAAUAGACAUUGUGAUCAGAAAACGAUAAUGUCAGCAUCGCUCUCAAUAUGACAACAACAUUUUUAAGCUUUUUAAAUAACAUUUUCUUGUCAAGAAUUUUGUACUGUUUCGAAUGAGAUGGAACUUCAAGUUCACGACGAUAGUCAGCGGCAUACUAGUCAAAGCGCAGUGGAAUUAUUUGCUUUUUUUAUGUGUAUGAUCCUAUACUUUCAGUCAAAUGGAACUAUACAAAGACGGUUGUCGAUGGACAGCUAGAAAUUCUACAUAUACAGUAGAUAGUAGAAUAAUUUUGUUAUUAUAUGUCACAACAAGAAAUUGAUCUAUUUAAUAGUAUUGUUUCAAGAAUAUAAUCAUUCUUCAAUACCAAUUUGAGAGAUGAUACAUUUCCUCAUAUUGUUUUUUGCGGUGCUUACAUAUAUUGUUUUAUUUUGUAAAUGAAAAAUAAGAAUUCAAUUUUCAAAAACGAGAAAACUUUAUUCAGUUAUCAGAUGGAUAAAAUUUGUUACAUGUCAUCAAUGCAUUUGAAAAUAAUAAUUUUAAACCCUGUCUAUCGUUUCCAUUAUUCUCAAUUUGAAACAUUCAAAAAACAAAUUUAGUUAUUCUUUUCGUUUCUUUCUUUCAAACGCGCCAUUCAUACUUCGUAAAACAAUUACCAUGUUAUAUCUUUUUAAAAAGUUUGAUCGAGACAAUCAGAAAAUAAGAUAAUUUUUUUUGUGGUCCUUUGUCUUUUGUUUUUUCUCGUGUUCUUUCGUCCAUCUAAAAUAACGAUGUUACUUAUCAACAUCAGAAUUUGUCUUGUUCUUCUUUUCUUGUGCUGUUAUUCAUUUGGAUAUGUAAAUCGUCCGACUUAUGAUCUGGGUGGACACACUGGUCGAUUUCAAAAAUUGAUUGCUCAUGAUCGUGGUCGUCCAUUCAGAUGUGAUGCAAUAUCAAAGGGGAAAUCGGUGUGGCCCGAAGUUACAGGGUCAAUUGGAAAUCAACUGAGACGUGUUGUUCGACAACCGCCAGCAGCACAUCAACGUCCGUGGAGAAAUUAA